AUGGUAUCAAGAAGGGGAAGAAAAAAGAAAAUGUGGAACAACGGUUCGUGUGUCACAUACGCGGUGAGAAAAGAACACGCUGAAGAUGAGAACAGGCACGGUCCAGACAAGAAGUUUAGAGACAAAUGGUACCGGCGAAGCGAUGCAGUUGCACGCUAUGCGGAGAGGUACAAAGGUGGUUACAGCGCAUACUACGGCUGCUACAAUUACGAUAAUGACAUGAGGUGUGAUUGUGCGAGAGGUUCUGGGGAGAGUGCUAGAGGGAAGGGCUGCGGUUCUAAAUACGUGGUUGCUGAUCGGACGAUAAGAAAUGACACCAUCAAUUACGAGGAUGCUGAUAAGAAUCGAUUUAUGUCUCGGAAUGGCUGUGAAACGGGAUACAUGGCUCAUUCACCCUUUGAAAAUGGAAAAGAGUUCAAUCACAGGAAACGAAGCGGGCAUGUUGGCAGGGAAGGUGCAUGUUCAGAUUAUGAGAGGUAUGGACUGUACGAAGAAGAGGAUAGACCGGACAGAGGCACACUCGAUAUGUACCACGAACGGUGCUCCGACAAAGGAGACAUCGCAGAGAAAGGUAGCCCGUACCGUGAACAAUGUCCUUCUAACGAGCAGUAUUAUCUACGAGGUAAGGACUCGUUGCACAGAAACGUAGAAAAUGGUUCUCCAACUUAUCGCUCCACGGAGCGCUCAUUCAGCAAAGAAGAGCCCCAUGGUGCAGGGUAUCGAAUCGGUGAACAGCGGCCAUGCAAUACGAAGGACCAUGUCACAAAUUCGUAUGAAUGUGCCUGUCGUAAUCACAGUUAUGAAGUGGAUGGUCGACCGUCUGAGAAUCACUCAACGAGCUACUACUGUGAAGAUGCCGAUUCUUUGGGCAGCAACGAUUUUAGAACACAGUCUGAGAAUGUGCAUGGAAGGGUUUUAUCCGCUCGUUCGAAUAGAGACUCGUUAUACCCUGCACGCUCAAGGGAACCGUCUUCAAGCAGCACAUACACACGCACGCCUAGGAGUACGGCCAAAAGCGGUGGGCACUCUUCGCGUGGGAAGGAGACUCUUUAUCGUUACCUGAACGACGACACGCCCAAAUUCUCGGUUAACAAUGAGCUGUACAAAACAAGGGAGGAGAUGGGCGAUAGCGUAGCACAUACCGAGGGAGACUGUGAUCCAUGCCAAAACCGCAGGUCAGACCAUGGAAAUAGUGUCGACCGUGUGCAUGGUGCAGGAUACAUGGGCAGAGCGAGAUGUGCGUCUGACCUCAGUCACAGCGAGGAGUACGAUGGCAUGCGCAACGGAGAGUACGAGUCUUACAGAGGAGUGCACACCGGUGAAGAUUCCUUUCUUGAGUACAGUUCUUUAUCCAAGGAUCCCUAUCAUAGCUCUCCCUUCUCCAUGGACCAGGUCAUGGCCGUUUGCAGUGGAGCAUUUCAAUGCAUACGUUGCAAAUUUUAUUUUAAGCGGCUGAGCACCCUUAAAAUACACAUGAUAUCACAUUUGAAACGGGCGAACUUCUUUAACUGCACACGGUGCAAUUUAGCGUACAAGUCGUGCAGCCUGGUAAAAAAGCAUUGUUUAAAGGAACACAAUGAGAUCGUACUUGAUGUUAAGUACAGCGAGCUCAGAAUAUUUGUUGCGUUUCUUUCGAUAUUCCGCGAGUUUUACAAUCCGUUUGUGGACAGUUUUUGCUUAAACUGCUUUACCUACCCGAAGAGCCUCAACUUGCACCCCUGUAAAGGAAGGUACGCCAAAGAAAAGACAUGCAUGCUGUGUGGUGAUAGUACAGACAGUGUAAGAAAGCACAUCCUUGGUGGGGUAUGCCAGUGGAGAGUAGAGUAUGAAUUUAAGUAA